AUGUACGACUGCAUGGAGGCGUUCGCUGUGGCUCCCCGGCAGCUCUUCGAUGUCACCAACCAAGGCUCCUGUAUGCUGCGCAAGGCGAGCAUCAGCCCCUGUUUCGGGGCGCUGGAUCCCUUCGGCUGGCCCCAGCCGGCCAGCCUGCAAUCCGUGGAGACCCAGAGCACGAGUUCGGAGGAGAUGGUGCCCAGCUCGCCCUCGCCGCCCCCGCCCCCCCGCGUCUACAAGCCCUGCUUCGUCUGCAACGAUAAGUCCUCUGGCUACCACUACGGCGUCAGCUCCUGCGAAGGCUGCAAGGGAUUCUUUCGCCGAAGCAUCCAGAAAAACAUGGUGUACACGUGCCACCGUGACAAGAACUGCCAGAUCAACAAGGUGACCCGCAACCGCUGCCAGUACUGUCGGCUCCAGAAGUGCUUCGAGGUCGGCAUGUCUAAAGAAGCCGUGCGGAACGACAGGAACAAGAAGAAGAAGGACGUGAAGGAGGAGGUGGUGGUGGACAGCUACGAAAUGACUCCCGAGCUGGAGGAGCUGAUCCAGAAAGUCAGCAAGGCCCACCAGGAAACCUUCCCCUCACUGUGCCAGCUGGGCAAAUACACCACGAACUCCAGUGCCGAUCACCGGGUGCAGCUGGACCUGGGCCUAUGGGACAAGUUCAGCGAACUGGCCACCAAGUGCAUCAUCAAGAUUGUGGAGUUUGCCAAGCGCCUGCCGGGUUUCACCACCCUCAGCAUCGCCGACCAGAUCACCCUGCUCAAGGCAGCCUGCCUGGACAUCCUGAUGCUGCGGAUCUGCACGCGCUACACGCCGGAGCAGGACACCAUGACCUUCUCAGACGGGUUGACCCUGAACCGCACUCAGAUGCACAACGCCGGCUUCGGGCCUCUCACCGACCUGGUGUUCGCCUUCGCCGGGCAGCUGCUGCCCCUGGAGAUGGACGACACCGAGACCGGGCUGCUCAGCGCCAUCUGCCUCAUCUGCGGAGAUCGGAUGGACCUGGAGGAGCCGGAGAAGGUGGACAAGCUGCAGGAGCCCUUGCUGGAAGCUUUGAAAAUCUACGCCCGCCGCCGCAGACCCAACAAGCCGUACAUGUUCCCCCGCAUGCUGAUGAAAAUCACCGAUCUGCGAGGCAUCAGCACCAAAGGCGCGGAGCGAGCCAUCACCCUGAAGAUGGAGAUCCCUGGCCCCAUGCCCCCCCUCAUCCGGGAGAUGCUGGAAAACCCUGAAAUGUUCGAGGACGACUCGUCGCAGCCGCCCCCGUCGGCAGAGCCCCCCAGCUCCGAGGAGAGCCCGGCCGAGAGCAAGAGCCCCGAGGAGACCCCCUAG